UUGAUGUGUAAUCCAACCCGCUGUUAAACGGGCUUCGGGCAUGGUUCUUGCGAUUCUUUAUUGUGGAUUUUCAAUUUCUUCGCGCUUUUUGAACCGAUCUCCUAGGUCUGCUAACCUCGGCGAACAUCCGGCAGCCGGAAAAAUCUAUGGAUCGCCGUCGAUCGGUUCCCAUUCAGAAUUAGAGUACCUUUUAGGGCUUGUAUUGGCAUUUUGUUGCCCAUAGACUGAAAAAAAUGGAAGUUUCUAAAAGUUUCAUCGACAAGAUCAACAGUGAAUUCACUAGUUCGUUGCAUUUCGGUUCCCCCUUACCCGGUUCUCGUACGAACGAAUUUGAUCUGGUGAGAGGUGUGUUACAGAUACUUCAAGGGUUUUCAAGCUGUUUGUUUUACUGGGAGAAGGGGAUCGGGCAGGGUUAUCGUGCGAGAAAGGGGUUAUAUGUUGCGCACCUCUCUCAGACAAGUCUUGGUAUGGUGUUAGAUCAAUUUGUUUAUUCAGCAACAUGCUUGAAAUUGGUAGAGCUUAGGCUCUGUGAGAUAGAAGAUAUGUCUGGCAGUUCGAGGUCGCCUCCACCUACCUUGAGAGCAUUUGCUUCCUCAGCUUCUGCUUGGCUUAGAAAAUUACGCGAUAUUGCUUUGACAGAGGAACUAAAGAUGAACAACUCUAAUACUGGGACUACUCCGACCAUUUUGGGAUUGGGAAAUUCUUUAACAAGGCUUUGUGGUGGAGCAGAAUAUUUAUUGCAGAUAGUGCAUGGUGCCAUCCCGAUUGAAGGUGAUACACCUCUCUCAUCUGCUGAAACAGCCGUUCACAUUCUCAACCAUCUUUAUGAAAAGCUUAAUGAUGCUUGCCUUGUGCAAGGUGGUGAGGAAGAUUCAUACAGGAUGCUACUCUAUAUCUUUGUUGGAUGUUUAUUGCCAUAUAUUGAGGUUCUUGAUUCCUGGAUUUUUGAGGGAAUACUAGAUGAUCCCUUUGAGGAGAUGUUCUUUUAUGCAAACAAAGCGAUUGCUAUAGAUGAGGCUGAAUUCUGGGAGAAGAGUUACCUGUUAAGAUCAACACAGCAUAAGAAGCUAAGUGCGGCUCAUGUGAGUGAUUUAUUUCCCUUGACACAGAAAAAGAUGUCUGGAAAAGUAGCAACAAAAACAAGGGGGCAAAAUGAGUAUGAUCUAGUGGUUUGUCCUUUGUUCUUGAAAGAUAUUGCAAAAGAAAUAAUUUCAGCUGGAAAGUCGUUGCAGUUGAUCCAGCAUAUUCCUAUCACAUCAACACUUGUUGAUAGGCAUCACGAGAAAGAAGGGUGCAUGACUCAUCAGCUAAGUUUGUCAGAAAUAUUUUGUUUGUCAUUAACAGCUCUGAUUGGUCAUGGUGAUCACAUGUCUGAAAUCUUUUGGAAAAAUGAUAAAAUUGUUUCUGCAACUUCAACGGAGAAAUUAUUAGUAGCAUACUCGGAGAAGAUUUGGCAUAAGUUUUUGGUUGAUGCACUCAACAAUGACAUGAAAGUAGAACAGAAUCUAGAUUUGGUUCUUAGCUCCUUUUGUCCUGAAAAUCCCACUAUAACUGUAUGCCAAAAGGUUCUUCAAGCAAAAGCAAAUACCCACGAUUGGAAUUCAUUAAACCUAUCUAAAAACUACAUUCUCCCUCCUUUGAACGAUGACAAAUUGAGGAAAGCUAUAUUUGGUGGAAUGGGUGAAGACUUUAUGACAGCUAAAGGAACAAAUUAUGCCUGUGGUUUUCCAUUUGGUGAUUCUCGCUCUCAACAUGGCAUAAAGGUGGUGGAAUCUUUAUUUCCAUUUCCAACUAUCCUUCCGUCCUUUAAGUGGAAACAGGAGGAGCUUAUGAUGUCGGAGGUUUUACCAUUCCAAAAAAACAGCACCCUUGUGUCAAAAGUCCUUGGCUGGAUUCAAACUGUUGAACCAAAAUCUACUCCACUUCCUGUUGUUAUUUUGAGGGAAUGCCUUACGUUUUAUAUCAAGAAGCAGGUAGAUCAUAUUGGCAAUCAGAUAUUGUCAAAGUUGCUAUAUGACUGGAAAUUGAUGGCUGAGCUGGGAGUGCUGCGUGAUGUAUAUUUGUUAGGCUCUGGUGAUCUUCUGCAGCAUUUCUUGACAGUGGUUUUCAAUAAGCUGGACAAAGGAGAAUCAUGGGACGAUGAUUUUGAGUUGAACACAGUGUUACAGGACUCAAUACGGAACUCUGCUGAUGCCACAGUACUAAGCUCACCGGAUUCCUUAGUUGUAUCAUUAACAAAAAGUGAUGGUGAUGCUCAACAGACUACUACUACUACAUCAUCAUCAUCAUUUAUUGUCUCAAGUCCCCGUAAAAAUCAUCGUGCACAGGUCUCUGGAAUCAAUGACCUUGACUCCCUUAACUUCACAUAUAAGGUCUCGUGGCCGCUUGAACUUAUAGCUAAUGCUGAAACUCUAAAGAAAUACAAUCAGGUGAUGAAUUUCUUAUUGAGGGUUAAGCGUGCAAAAUUUGUCCUGGAUAAAGCUCGAAGAUGGAUGUGGAAGGAACGAGGCACAACAACAGUCAAUCGCAAGCAUAGAUGGUUGGUGGAGCAAAAACUUCUUCAUUUCGUUGAUGCGUUUCAUCAAUAUGUUAUGGACAGGGUAUACCAUAGCGCAUGGCGUGAGUUAUGUGAAGGAAUGGCAGCUGCCGGAUCUCUUGAUGAAGUGAUUGAGGUUCACGAGGCAUACUUACUGUCAAUUCAACGCCAGUGCUUUGUAGUUCCUGACAAGCUGUGGGUGUUGAUUGCGAGCCGGAUCAACAGUAUACUUGGACUAGCACUAGACUUCUACUCGGUGCAGCAGACUUUGAGUAGCGGUGGAGCUGUUUCUGCAAUCAAGGCCAGAUGUGACAAGGAAGUCGACCGCAUUCACAAACAAUUUGAUGACUGCAUCGCCUUCCUUCUCAGGGUUCUAUCUUUCAAGCUGAACGUGGGUCAAUUUCCGCAUUUGGUGGAUUUGGUUACGAGAAUCAAUUACAACAAUUUUUACAUGUCUGAUACUGGAAACUUGAUAACUGCUCCUGGCUCCGACUCCAUUAAUUUUAAGUUGGCCAAGACACUCUGACACAGUUAUCAGCUAUCAUCAACAUCAGGUACAAGAAAGAAGAUGAUAUGAUGUAAAAUAUUAUAUUAUAAAUAUUAUAAUACAAGAAGAAGAAGAAGAAGAUAUGAUGUAAGGGGUUGUUUGUCUGUUGGGCGUGGAAGAAGAGUGUGUUGGAUGGGUAGUUGUUGAUGGUGGCGAUGAAUGUAGGUUGCUGUGCAACUACCAAUACCAUUGAGUGAGUGCCAAGGAACAAAAUAAUUAUUGCUGCUGGAAAGGAAUGAAAUCCAUUUCUUUCUCGAAGCUUAAUUUAUAUGAAAGAGCAUGAGGGUGAAGUGAACAGCAAGUUUUUAUAUGGACAUUAGAGGGGGAAAGGCGUUAAUACCAACAGCUGUUGCUGGAUUUGGAUUUGGACUUUUGUUAUUAACUAAUUUGAUUUUGUGAUACGGAUAUAUUGGGUUUUUUUGUACAUCGAUUGUUGGACACGUAAAUAGAGGUGCACAAACAUCGGUCUUAACUAAAAA